AUGUCUCUAACCAUCGCACUCGUUUCUUUACUGCUAUCAACAUAUCUAUUGAAACGGCUUUAUGACAAGCGAUUUAAGCAAUUUGCUCAAUGGCCCCAAUUGAAACCCUCUCUCCUUUUCGGUCAUAUAGGCCAUAUCCAAGAAAUUCUGUCAAGUGGUCCAUCAGACAGACAUAUUGAUUAUGUGUUUCGAGAAAUCCAUGAAGAUCUUGGUAAACCACCAGCGUUUAUACUCGAUCUCCGUCCAGUAUCGAAACCUCUAUGUGUCGUAUCUGGCCAUGUCCUGGCAGAGCAGGUAACCAACAGAACAAAGAUAUUCCCUUACGGCUUACCAAAGACGGCUCUUGAUUCUUCUUAUUCCACAUUGCUGGGACAUCGUUCCCUCUUUAGUCUGCAGGGUAAAGAGUGGAAAAGAAUGCGCCAAAGGCUCAACCCAUCCUUUUCAAAAAACUAUCUAUUGACGCUCAUGCCCUGUAUUCUCGAGCAUAUUGACCCCCUCAUCAACUGCUUGGAUAAGUGCUCUGAAAGCGGCGCAGAGCUUGCUCUACAAAACCCUCUUGCGGACCUUACAUUGGACAUUAUGAUUUCUGUAUUCAUGGGCGGAAACAGUGACGAUCCAUCCGAAUCGGCUCGACACCGUGAGCUCACCCUGACCUAUGGCGAACUAUAUUCGACUUAUAGCUUCGAUCUCAAUACGCCAUGGUGGUUCACUGAUCCACGCGUCCGAUGGCGCAGGAGUCGAAUUGACAAGAGACUCACCAUCCUCAUAAAAGACACCAUUUGCAAAAUCUUUGACAAGAUGACUCGUGACGUAACGAAGGGCUCCACCGUAAAAGCGAACCCUCGCAACACGAUUGCAUGGGCUUUGAAAGAUGUGGAACACUUGUCGGCCGAGUUUCUUGACCUAUUGUGCGACCAAGUCAAGUUUCUGCUAUUUGCGGGUUUCGUCACGACAAAUUACUUACUAGUCUGGCUAUUCUACCAGCUAAGUAUCACCCCACGUGCUCUGGCAGCUGUUCGACAUGAGCUCGAUGAAACCUUGCUUGUCUCUAACGCGGCUGAUAUAUUCAGCCGCAUGCCAUACGUCUCCGCCUUAGUUAAAGAGACACUGAGAGUUUAUCCACCGGGUGCUACGUCUCGAACAGUUCCGUCAGGAUCUGGCGCUUUCAUCCAAAUACCGGAUGGCAGCAAAGUCUCCAUGGAUGGGUUAUCAUUUUACAGUUGCCAAACUAUAAUCCAUCGCGAAGAGGAGGUUUACGGAGCAACAAAGGAUAUUUUUCUUCCGGAACGUUGGCUUGAUCCCGCGAAGGCCAGUGCGCGGUUGAAAAAUGAGCAACCGGAUCUUUCAUCUCUUUCCUUGGGGCCUGUACCACCUGGUGCCUGGCGUCCAUUCGAAAGAGGCCCUAGAACAUGCAUUGGCCAGGAAUUGGCGCUUUUGAUCCCGAAGAUUGUUCUCAUAUUUGCUGCAAGAAGGUACGACUUCAGAAAAGUCGGACUCGGUCAAAUUGCACGCGACCCAAACAAUGAACCUAUCUUGAACUCAAGGGGACAGUAUGAGGUUGAGUCUGAGUUGUAUCUUGCUAAGCAGCUCGUUCCUAAGCCGGUGGAUAAGAUGCGAAUGCGCGUCAGCUUUCACCAUAGUGAUUAUCAAUCGUAG